AUGCUCACAAAAGCCGAGAUGGACGAAGGCGUGCCGAUUCUCGAGGCGAAGAUUGCAUCUCAGCGGCCUGAGGCUGUUGGUCUUGUUGGCAAGGGUAUCUGGGAGGCUGUUUGGAGGGUGCGAUAUGGGCGGGGGAUUCGGAAAGAGGAGUUUACGUAUGGGUGGCAGCGGGAGAGUGAGAAUAUGGGUCGUAUACCUGGGGUUUGGGAAGGCGCGCCGGUUUUCGUGGCUACUACUACUAGUGGGCUUGCGGCUUCGAUGAGUAUUGCGGAGAAGGAGGCCAUCUGGGCGGAGCUUGGAAAGUGGGUGGUGAAGAGGAGGGAGGAGAGAGAAAAGGAUAAGGAGGUUGAAGUUGCUAGGGCAGCUUAG